AGAGAGAGAGAGAGAGAGAGAGAGAGAGUGGGGAGUGUGAGCGGGGAGUGUGAGCGCAGCAGCUGAGUGAGCAAAUAGAAGUAGAAACAUUAGGUUAUCUUCCGAGACUAUCAGACAUCAGCUUUGGCAGUAGACCUGUCACUUUUACCGCUUCGGCCUGACUCUCGGCUCUUCAAGAGGAUCCCAGCGGCGCCCCGGUCGAAGCAGCCUGUGCAAACUCCCCCAAACACGGUCGUUUCAGCUGGCAUGAGCUAACCUACCAGACAUGGAAACCAAACCGUUCCUGUCAUUGGGGUUCCUGAAACCCCAGUGCUCACUGGCUCCUCCUUCCCAGCGAGGUCGGUCAGGCGAGGCUUGUUCCUGUUUCAGUGGCAUGUGUCCCCUCCAUCAGCGUCGCUUAUCCUCAGACUCAUCGGGCCAGGUGACGUCCUCACCCCUGGGCUCACCCACAUCCCACCGGGGCAUGCACCCCUCCCUGCUGAGUCCAACUUCCAUGGGGCCCUCUGGCUCUCUGCACUCUCCCAUCAGCACACUGAGCUCGCCCAUGAAUGGCCUGGGCUCACCCUUCUCCGUCAUCAGCUCACCCAUGGGCCCCCACUCCAUGACCUCACCCGGCAUGGGUUACGGCCCCAGCGUUAGCCCCCAGUUGAACUCUCCGAUGAACUCGGUCAGCAGCACGGAGGACAUUAAGCCCCCGCUGGGCCUCAACGGGGUGAUGAAGGUGCCCGCCCAGCCCUCAGGCACGCCCCUCUCACUCACCAAACACAUCUGUGCCAUCUGUGGUGACCGCUCCUCAGGUAAACACUAUGGGGUGUACAGCUGCGAGGGCUGCAAAGGUUUCUUCAAAAGGACGGUGCGUAAAGACCUGACCUACACCUGCCGCGACAACAAGGACUGUAUCAUCGAUAAGCGCCAGAGGAACCGCUGCCAGUACUGUCGCUACCAGAAGUGUCUGGCCAUGGGCAUGAAGAGAGAAGUUUUGUUAAAUGCAGCCGUUCAGGAGGAGCGUCAGCGAGCCAAGGACAAAAAUGAGAAUGAGGUGGAGUCUACCAGUAGCGCCAACGAGGACAUGCCCGUGGAGAAGAUCCUGGAAGCCGAGCAGGCGGUGGAGCCCAAAACCGAGACGUACAUCGAGACCAACCUCGGUGUGCCGUCCAACUCGCCCAAUGACCCAGUGACGAAUAUCUGCCAGGCAGCUGACAAGCAGCUCUUUACCCUAGUGGAGUGGGCCAAGAGGAUCCCCCACUUCUCCGAGCUGCCACUGGAUGACCAGGUCAUCCUCCUACGGGCAGGUUGGAAUGAGCUCCUCAUUGCAUCAUUUUCGCACCGUUCGAUAGCGGUCAAAGACGGGAUUCUGCUGGCCACCGGGCUACACGUCCACCGCAACAGCGCCCAUAGUGCCGGUGUGGGAGCCAUCUUUGACAGAGUGCUUACAGAACUGGUGUCCAAGAUGAGGGACAUGCAGAUGGACAAAACAGAACUGGGGUGCCUUCGAGCUAUCGUCCUCUUCAACCCAGAUUCUAAAGGUCUGUCCAACCCAGGUGAGGUGGAGGCUCUAAGAGAGAAAGUGUACGCUUCUCUGGAGGCCUACUGCAAACAGAAGUACCCUGAGCAGCCUGGCAGGUUUGCAAAACUGUUACUGCGGUUACCGGCACUGCGCUCCAUCGGCCUGAAGUGUCUGGAGCACUUGUUCUUCUUCAAGCUUAUCGGCGACACACCCAUCGACACCUUCCUCAUGGAGAUGCUAGAGGCACCCCAUCAAAUGACAUAAUGGUGGACAGGGUUAAGCCCUCUUUCCCCUCAUGCCCCACCCACCCCCACACACCCAGCCCGUACCCCUCCCACAUCCCGCACCAGCCAUGGCGAGGGGAUGAGGUCCUUGAAAAUCCCCUCUCCAGCAAGAGACAGAUCACAUGACAACUUUGUAUGGAGAAACAGCAGGCAUGGGGACAGGAGCACCUCCUCUUCUCUCCCUUCUCUCCUUGGCUCCCUUUGAUGUGUUUUAAAAAAAAAAAGGAUUCAUCAUGUCUAUGGGUCUGUUUUGUACCUUGUAAAAAUAUAUAAAUAAGAAAUAUAUAUAUUAAAAUCAUGAGAUAAAAUGAGUGACAACAGUGGACUGAAACGAGGACAGACUGAGGAUAGAAGAAAUGUAUUGAGCCAUUGUUUUGGUCUUUGCUCUCUCUAAUCGUGACAGACAAAGCAGAGGUGAUCAGGUCUAAAACUCACAGCUGUGCUUGCAGGUAUAUUUCGAAACGGUGGUGAUGUCAUAUUUGGACAUUCAGAGUCGUGAACAGGACAAUCGCGUCUUGGACUUGAUGAAGAGCCUCGGGCUGCCUGGUCUGACUCCAGACUCAGACCGGAGCCCUCUCUCUUUCAGGACUUAUCUUACUUACGGGACAGACGGGGAGGGGGUGGGGUUGGGGGGGUUGGCCUGCUCGGAGGAACUCCUCCGUUCCUGUCAGAUUCAACUGGUGCGGGAACAAGUCGGGUCCUGCACGAGCUGUUUAGAGGCGGAAGCUCUCGGAAAAGGACUCAGAGGUGGGACAGACAAGACUGCAAGUGCUCAACUCAGGUCUCUGCCCAAAUCCAACUAAAUUAAACCAUGUCUUUCUCUAUUAGCACUGUGUAACAUUGGAGAGGACACUACAUUAGUUCAGUAAUCAGCCUCUUGGUAAAUGUAUCGAUUGAUUGGAGUGCGGGAAUGCAGGCAGAGCUUGGUAUGGACAAUCUGCACCGGUCUUUCUGCCUAUAGGGAAAGUAACCAUGGGCACAAAGACGCUAUGUUGUGGACCGUAGUUACAUCAACCUCACGAAAGCUUUUUGCUAUAUGAGCAUCGCUGGAUGUACUGAAAGGCUCGCGGAAAGUUGCGGAAAAUUAAUUUGCGGCCUUUUGUCACAAAUUUGUAGGUGAUGACGGAAAAUUCCCGAAGCUUGGAUGGCUGGAAGUUGAACGCAUGGCGUCAUCCAAGACGGCGCCGCUGGGGAAUUGUGUGAUCAGAACAAAAUGCUGUUGAAGUGAUGCCAUAUCUUUGUCAUGUUUGCUGGCCUCUGAGCUCCUUUCGUCCCUCUCUGACCUCCCCCACCCCCUCCCGCUUCUCAUUUCAUGUGAAUUUUCAGCACACCAUUAUCACCUCCACACUCAGUAAUCCCUCUGCUCCAUGCAGUGGAUCUUAGCUUUAGAACCACCGUUAUAUCUACCUGUACAGAGAAGUUACAACCAUAUACAGUAUUGAUGGUAUUUUUGUUUUUCAUCCAGACAUCAGCAACGUGCAGUUACCUCCGUUUCCAUCCCUCAGACUUUCAGUUCUCAACACUUCCUCAGCGCCAGGCUUCGACCGCAUACGUGGGCUGAAGCGCUUUUUGUUGCAGCAGAGCCAUUGUUUGUUUAUUUGUUUGUUACUUGGCACUUAACCUCAUGACAGUGGAGUCAGAUUCCUUCACAGAGAGCCGAAAUUAGCGUUCCCUCUGGGGUGGACUUUGGUUGAAGCCUCGUCAAGAGCUCCCUGAUAUUUUUGCCUGUUCUUCCUCAGAGGGAUACACUCUCGCUCUCGCUGCACUUCUCUGAACAACCAAGUGUCAUUUAAGUCAAACUGAAAUGUUAAAAUUCUCCAUGCUAUGUAUAAAUAUGCUAUAUUCCCAUAUUCUGCUUUUGUUUCUCCUUUUCUUUUAAUGCUGCAGCUGCUGCAAAACUAUGCAUCGAGCGCAUUUCCAAAGAUUGUCCAUAGAGCGGUUGCAUUUUGAUAGUAAUGGCUUAAACUGAUCUGCUAUAACGUGUAAAGGACAAAACCAGUGUUUCUGAGACGUGGGUCUGCUGUAAAAAUUCCUUGACAGGAGUAAAUACCUUAGACAGCUUUUCAGUAUCUCUUACUGAGCUUUUUUUGUUUUGUUUUUUUUUGCUUGAGUUACUACAGGCUUACCUUGUAAUGCAACUGGAGCUCAAAUAGCUGUUCCCCCUCUUUUUGAAAAUGUAUAAUGGAACAGUGGAGCAUCAUUUCAGGAAAAAAAAAAAACAGACAAAAUUAAAUGAGAAAUUGAUUAUUAUGAUCUUUUGUAGGUUUUAAGCAUUUUAGAUUCAUGCAACAGCGAAGACAGUGGUGGAUCAGCACCGAAUGCCCACCAAAUACAUGAGUGACACCAGUCUGAGGUAUUGACUCCUACCAAGCCAACAAUGAAACCAUGUGUCAAAAAAAAAUGAUAUUGCUCAUAAAGGUUUAGGGACAGUUUCACAGACACGCAAAAAAAAAAGUCUAGUUCUCGAUUUUCACUGGAGAUCUCCACUGAGAAACAGAAAAAAAUCUGUAGUGUGUGACUGCGUCGAUGCGUCUCUGUGAAACUGAUCCUCAGAUGUUUUCUUCUUAAUGGAGGAAAAAGUCAGGACCGGAUUUGGACGCCAACAUUGAGAGGGUUAGACAGACUUGAAUAUUCACUUUCAGACAGAGGAGUUUGGACCAGAGAGAGUGAGGGACACGGCGGCUAUGGAAGAGCUGUGACUUCCCCCUAGUGGAAGAGAUGCAGCACUGCAACAUUACUUGAAUUUUAUACAAGUAUUUAAUCAGACAAAAAGAGAAAAAAAAAAGAAGAAAAAAAAAAAGAAUGGCACUUUUCCACGGCGUUAUCAUCAAUGUUUAAUAUUCCUUUUUGGUGAGACAAAACCUCAGUGUUUGUGCUUGUUAAGACUGAAAAAAAAGUAGCAAUAACCUCAGUAUGGUCUAUUGGCUUGUCCUUUGAUUUAUACAGCUCAUUUAUUUCAGUCAGACGGCCGGUGUAAUGAUGAACUAUCCAGGUGACAGUAUUGACUGCCAGCUUGAGCUCAGUUUACAGUAUUUAUAUUUCGGGGGAAAAAUAAUAAUAAUAAUAAUACUUGUCUGUCUGUAAAGCAAAUAACAAAAAAAAGGACGUUUUAAUUUGCUCAAUAAUGUUUUCAACCUAAGCACUAUGGUAAAGGGGAAUUAUAUUGCCAGAAUUUUCCGAAAUUUUCUACAAGGUCAGAUAGGAUAGAUUUACCUGUUUUGUUUUGUUGUUUUUUUUUCUGUUGUUUUUUUUUUUUUUCUAAAAGAAUGUUGCAGAUUUCAUGUGUGGCCCACUUUGGUCUUGAAAUGAAGAGAAACGCGUAUUCAUCAUUUGUCUCCCAGCAGGGCGACCUGAUGUUUUAAACUGAAUAUCCUCCUGUUCUCCAGUCUGAUGCCUCCUCUUUUUGAGCUCUGUCAGUUUACUGUGAUCGGUGACCCCAGGUAUCUUAAGCCAUAAACGGAUGUCGUGCAAGCUCACUCUCCCGUGGGAUAUGGACAGAGAAGGGUCUUUUCUCGACGAGAUAAUGAAAGGAUCAUCCUGAUAGAAUGAUUACCUACAUAAAUGCUUUAUACCAUAAAGCUAUAUUUUGUUUAUAUGUAUAUGUGUAUAUAUUUAUAAAUAUAUAUCUAUAAAUCUGUUCCUUGAGUAUUUCCAGUCAAUAUCGCAAGAGGGAGACAAGUCUUUCAGACCAAACUGUUCUACACCAGGUGAGAUUUCUUCAGCUGUCAUUCAACUCAGUUUUAUGGUGUUUUUUUUUUUUUUUUUUUCAAAAAUAUCAGAGGAUUUUCUUUUCUUUUCUUUUUUUUUUGCAUUCAAUCUUGAAUUUAUUGAGGCAAAUCUGAACCAGCAGAAUUGCAGCAGCUCUAAACUGAAAAGAACCAGCUCUCCGCAGUUAAUGGGACCUUGAGAAGUAGCAAAAAAAAUAAAAA